AUGACUGCGCCGCCACCCGCGGGUUUUCCGUGCAGGCGCAGGGACACACCCUCCGUCCUAUUGGCCGGCACCGCACGGCGCGCCUGGGAGCCGCUCAGCCGCCGCCACCCCCGCGCCUGCGCUCUCAGCGGUCCCUGGCGCGGCUGCGGAGGAGCAGGCGCAAUACCCCCUCCCAUCAAGCCAGGUCGCGCAGCCGCAGUCGGGACCUUUUCGGGAGAUCUCUGUCUCGCGACAUCCUUCUUCUGCAAGGGAAAUCCUGUCAGGUGCCCACUUUCAUCGCUGUCGCCUGCUCUGCCUGCUCCUGCUUUCAGAAUGGUAAAGAAGAAUACUAUCCCCGAUGGAUGGCGGAGUUUGACACCAGUGGGACAGCCUAUACCAGGAACUAGAUUUAUUGCAUUCAAAGUACCUUUAAAAGGGGCAAUUAACCAGAGGCUUACUCCAACCCAGAAAUUUACACCAAAAGAUUUAAUGGCUGCAAUGAAAGCCCUAAAUGUGGAGCUUGGAUUAAUUAUUGAUUUAACAUAUACCACACGAUACUAUGAAGUUAAGGAUUUACCUAAAAGUGUACAAUAUAAGAAACUUUAUACUGUCGGACUUGAAGUCCCUGAUAAUGCUACUAUCCUACAGUUCAAAAAAUGGGUCAGAAAAUUCCUAUGGGAAAAUGCAGGAAACGAGAAACUCAUUGGCGUUCACUGUACUAACGGAAUUAAUAGAACUGGCUACCUUAUAUGUAGAUAUCUUAUAGAUGUUGAAGGCUGGGAUCCAGAGGCAGCAAUCCAAGCUUUUGGUGAUGCUAGAGGUCAUCAGAUGGAUGGUCUUGUGUAUCUCACGGAUCUCAGAACACAGCCAAUGAGAAGUAACCUUGGAAUGGAUGUAUGGGAUUCAGAUGAAGAUAUUAUUCCCCCCCCACAUGCAAUGGAAGGACCUGUAGAGCGGUUCCCAAACGAAGAUUUUCAGGGGUCUGGGAAAAGAUUAAGGAUUUAUGAUGACCCCUCUCACGAUGAUGUGCAGGGACAGAUACAGUUGAGAGAUUUUGAUUUUAUUAAUAAGGAACCUGGACAAAGACGAAGAGCAUUUCAUGACCAUCAGACUCCAGUUGAUUUAAGAGUACCAAUGCAGAUGAGAAAUUGGGACUACAAUAGAGGACCGGGACAGAGGCGAAGACCCUUUCCUGAUCACCAGUUUUAUGAUGAUUAUCAAGAAGACAUGCAGCUGAAGGACCUGGACUUCAGUAGCAAGGGACCUGGGCAAGGUUUGAGACCUUUCCAUGGACACCAGUUUCAUGAUGAUUUACAAGCAGAGAGACAAUCAAGGGACACUGAAUAUAACAGAGGCUGUGGACAAAGGCAGAGAUCUUUUCCUGACCAUCCACCUCACAGUGAUCUGCAGGAAGACAGGAAGACAAAGGAUUUUGUUUUUGUUAGCAGGGGCCGUGGCCAGAGACGAAGACCAUUCCAUAGCCGCCAGUCUCGUGAUGAAUUUCAGACCCAGAUACAGUUGAAAGAGCUAGAUUGUGUCAACGAAGGUCCUGGCCAAAGACCAAGAUCUUUCCAUGACUAUCAGUCACAUGAGGAUUUACAUCCACAGCCACAAUUGGGAGAUUUUGAGUUUGUUAACAGGGGGCGGAGGCAGAGGCAGAGGUUGAGACCUUUCAGUGAUCACCAGCCUCAUAGUGACUUACAGACAGAGAUGCAACUAAAAGAUUAUGAAAAUAAAGGUCCUGGACAAAGGCACAGACCAUUUCAUGACCAUCAGCCUUAUGAUGACUUACAGGAGCAGAAUCAAUUAAAAGAUUUUGAUUAUGUUAAUAAAGGGCAUGGACAAAGGCCAAGACCUUUUAAUGACCAUCCAGGUCAUAAUGACUUAACACAGGAAUGGUGUUCAGACAGAAAUCAAUCUUUUUCUUCCCGUGAAAAUGUAUCAGAACUUCAUUUCUCCUCAUCGUCUUCAGUUCACAGAGAUUAUGGGUCUGAUAAUGAUGAUUUUAAGAGAAGCUAUAGUAAUCGAAAAGAUUGUCCUGAAGACAACAGAAGAAUGCAUCCCUCAGAUGAAUAUCAUAGAGGAAAAAACAGAUUUGCACCAUAUUCUUCACAAACAAUGCAUCCAACAUCAUCUGUACACCAAGAAGAUGGUUCAAUAGACUAUGAAAGAAAGCCUUUUCAAGGUGAAACUACCAGAGAGAUAGAACAAAGUAAAAGAUUACCAGUUGUAACAGUGGAUUACAAUUAUGGUCUGCCAUUAAAUUAUGGACCUGAAGAGGAAGAGAGAACACAUUAUGAGUUACCUCCAAGAGAUCGGUACAACUGGAACUGAAUAUAAAGUACAGUGUUUGCUCAGCUUACACUUACUCUUACCCAUUCUAUUUUGUUUGUGGACCAUUUUAUUUAUUUUUUAACAAAUUAGGAAAGUGCAAAUUUCAGUUGUAAAAAACUGGUCUCUGUUGUAAGAUUAGCUUCUACUGAUGUUUGGUUCUUUAAAAUUAUUAGAGUGCAUUUUGUUACGUGUAGUUGAAGAAAAGGUCUCAGUACACACGGAAUUAAAGUAGUCUUUCCUUUUAGUGAAAUUGGAACCCUGUACUUUAAAACAAACAACUUUGAGUGAUUGUAGUUGUCUUUUGUUUUACAUUUCUUUAAGUCUAUGUAAUUUGCGGAUGCAAAAGUCAAUAAAAUACUGCACUAUUAGGUAGAUAAGCAUUGAAGCUAUAGAAAAAGUACUAUGAAAUGAAUAAAGUUAU